GUAACCAUGGAACAUACAGGCUGUGUCAAUAUUUGUAGUCUCACUAGCACAUUGCCAGUGAUCCCCUAUCGAAAACUUACGGAUUUACAUUAUCUGAGCAAAGGAGGCUUUGGAACUGUGUUCAAGGCACAACACAGUGACUGGCGCACAACCGUUGCCAUUAAGUGCUUGAAACUGGAUUCCCCAGUCGGUGAAAGAGAAAGGAACAGUUUACUGAAAGAAGCAGAGGUCCUUCACAAAGCUAGAUUCAACUACAUCAUCCAGAUCUUCGGUGUGUGCAAUGAGCCUGAGUUCUUCUGUAUAGUUACUGAAUACAUGAGUAAUGGCUCUCUGGAUGAGCUACUGCAUGAGAAAAACAUGUAUCCAGUGUUAGCCUGGUCCCUGAGACUGCGCAUUCUCUAUGAAAUUGCACUCGGGGUUAACUUCCUCCAUAACAUGUCCCCACCACUGCUUCAUCAUGAUUUGAAAACCCAGAACAUCCUGUUGGAUAGCGAGUACCAUGUCAAGAUAGCAGAUUUUGGGCUGUCAAAGUGGCGUCAGCUCUCCAUCAGUAAAGGAUCCGGUUCUAAGCCGUCCGAGAUGGGCGGCACAGUCAUCUACAUGCCUCCCGAGGAGUACGAACCCUCCAAGAGCCGACGCGCUGACGUCAAACACGACAUGUACAGUUACGCCAUUAUCAUGUGGGAAGUGCUGUCACGUAGGAUCCCCUUCGAAGAGGCUGUCAAUCCCAUGCAGAUUAUGUUUAGUGUACUGCGUGGGGUGCGUCCUGACACGGGCUUUGACAGUCUGCCCGAAGACAUCCCCAACCGAGAAACCCUCAUCAACCUCAUGACCUGUGGCUGGACCUCUAACCCCGAUGACCGACCCUCCUUCCUCAACUGUUUGAUUGAACUGGAACCUAUGUUAAGGAGGUUUGAUGAAGUCGACCUCUUGGAGGCAGUAUUGGAGGUCAAAAAGUCAAAGCUGAGGCGACGCACAGUCUGCUGCUCGUCAAUGACCACGUGUGAAAAGAAAAGCUUAAAGGAGCACAAUGUACCCUGGCCGGAUAACAGUUCCACCUCUGGAUCUGGUUCCUGUUCCUCCCAAGACACUGAUAUUUCUCAGCCAGGUUUCCUUACCAUCUCUUCCCCACCUUCUAAAGUUGUGCCUCAGUCAUCAGUCAUGUCCCUGACUUUGGACCCCCCUAAACCCCUGGUUGACCAGAGCACUCCAAAUGACCUGAAUCCAGUGAACCCAGUAUGCCACCAAACGGCAGACUACAACAUCCCCUUCAAACCCCAACCAUCUCUGAACAACAGUGAAGUGCCAAUAAGCACUCUUACCUUGCAGCCACAAGCACAAAACUUCUCCAUGUCAUUGGACAGUCAGGGACCAGCAGCACGUUGGAUCGCUGCCCGGCGGGAGGAAGUGGUACAGCAGAUGACGGAAGCCUGCCUGAACCAAAGCCUGGAUGCUCUGCUGGCCCGCGAGUUGCUCAUGCGUGAAGACUAUGAGCUGGUGGUUAACAAGCCCACUCGCACUGCCAAAGUCCGCCAGCUGCUUGACACCUGUGAUAGGCACAGUGAGGAGUUCUGCCGCGUGGUGGUGCGUAAGCUGCAGGAUAACAAGCAGAUGGGUCUGCAGCCUUACCCAGACCUGAGCUCUCCUAGCCCCCCACCAGCCGUACCUAGCGCUCCCUCUCUCUCCAGUUCCUACAACAACUACACCCGUAACAUCUUCUGACUUCUCCAGAGGCUGGCGUGGACAGCUUUUGUACUGCCAUAGUGGAGGAAUACC